CGAGGCGGCGCGCCGCGAGAGGAGGCGGCGGCGAGAGGAGGCGGAGGAGCAGUAGGCACCGCCAUGGCCGCGGCGCUCACCGACAUGGCCGACCUGGAGGAGCUCUCCCGCCUCAGCCCGCUGCCCCCCGGCAGCCCCGGGUCCGCGGCGCGCGGCCGGGCCGAUCCUCCGGAGGAAGAGGAGGAGGACGACGACGAUGAGGCGGAGGCGGAGGCGGUGGCCGCGCUGCUGCUGAACGGCGGAGCGGGCGGUGCGGGGGGCGGCGAGGCGGAGACCAUGUCGGAGCCGAGCCCCGAGAGCGCCAGCCAGGCGGGCGGGGACGAGGACGACGAAGAGGAGGACGACGAGGACGAGGGCAGCAGCAGCGGCGGCGCCGAGGAGGAGAGCAGCGCCGAGAGCCUGGUGGGCAGCAGCAGCGGCGGCUGCAGCGGCGACGAGACGCGCUCGCUGAGCCCGGGCGCGGCGAGCAGCAGCAGCGGCGAUGGGGACGGGAAGGAGGGCCUGGAGGAGCCCAAGGGACCGAGGGGCGGCCCGGGCGGCCCGGGCAGUGGCGGCGGUAGUAGCAGCAGUAGCGUGGUGUCGAGCGGCGGCGACGAGGGCUACGGCACCGGGGGAGGCGGGAGCAGCGCGACCUCCGGGGGCCGGAGGGGCAGCCUGGAGAUGUCGUCCGACGGGGAGCCACUGAGCCGCAUGGACUCAGAGGACAGCAUAAGCAGUACUCUAAUGGACGUAGACAGCACAAUUUCCAGUGGGCGUUCAACUCCAGCAAUGAUGAAUGGACAAGGGAGCACGACUUCUUCAAGCAAACACAUUGCCUAUAAUUGUUGUUGGGACCAGUGCCAGGCGUGCUUCAACUCUAGCCCAGACCUGGCAGACCACAUCCGUUCCAUACACGUAGAUGGUCAGCGCGGAGGGGUGUUUGUUUGCUUGUGGAAAGGUUGUAAGGUGUAUAACACCCCGUCCACCAGUCAGAGUUGGUUGCAGCGGCACAUGCUGACACACAGUGGAGACAAACCUUUCAAGUGUGUAGUUGGUGGCUGCAAUGCCAGCUUUGCUUCUCAGGGAGGGCUCGCUCGCCAUGUACCCACACACUUCAGUCAACAGAAUUCCUCAAAAGUUUCUAGCCAGCCAAAGGCCAAAGAAGAAUCUCCUUCUAAAGCUGGAAUGAACAAGAGAAGGAAACUAAAGAACAAAAGACGACGCUCAUUACCACGACCACAUGAUUUCUUCGAUGCACAAACACUGGAUGCCAUAAGACAUCGAGCCAUAUGCUUUAACCUCUCGGCUCAUAUAGAAAGUUUAGGGAAGGGACACAGUGUUGUUUUUCAUAGUACUGUAAUAGCUAAGAGAAAGGAAGAAUCUGGAAAGAUAAAGCUCUUGCUUCAUUGGACGCCUGAAGACAUUCUGCCAGAUGUGUGGGUGAAUGAAAGUGAACGACAUCAGUUAAAAACUAAAGUAGUUCAUUUAUCAAAGCUGCCCAAAGAUACUGCCUUGCUGUUGGACCCAAACAUUUACAGAACAAUGCCACAGAAGAGGUUGAAGAGAACCCUUUAAGAGUAGUAAGACCUUGAUGAAAUUGCUGUGAAUGGCGUUUCCAGUAACCCUGUCCUGAGGACCUUCCUGGCCUGUGGUUUCUCUGAUUUUUGUGGUUGCAGAGCCUUGCUGUCCUCUGUUGCAAUGUUCCUUUUCUUUAUUGUUUACGCUCUUUGGACUGAAGAAAACUUGUUUUUGAAA